GCACUCCAGCCUGGGCAACAAGAGUUUCCAAAAAAGAAAAAGAAAAUGGGUUUUUUACCUCAAUUUGGGCUCCCUCUGGUCUGCGUUGCCAACCCAUGACCUGUAAACCUGUAACUUACUGUUGAAGUACCAGAGUGGGUACUUACUGCUGAUUGAGCAGUGACCCCUUCUUACAUGGUAGGCAUGGCACAUACAUCGCCUUAUUUAAUACUGUCAACUGCCUGUGACCUAGUGCUAUUGAAUUAUCCCCAUUUCUAGAAAAGGAUAACAAUGAGAAUAAGAAUGGUAAUCACAAUGGGGGCCCCACAUAUUGAGUUUUUACAGCAGGCACCCCCACUGAUGAUUUUUUUUGUAAACUUCCUAAUUUUUGAGGUUGGCUUUAUUGUUCCCAUAUUUCAGAUCAAGAAGCUGAGGCCCAGGGUUACACAAUAAAGUGAAUGGCAGAGGCAGAAAUAACAUCUAUCCUCCUGAGCCCAAAGCAUGUUCCUAAAGUUCUGGAAGCCUCCUGGAGGCUUCCUUGCUGGUCCUGUGGGACCCCCACCCUGUCUCUGGCAGCCUCCCUUCUCCUCCUGGGCAGGGUGUUCUCUGGCCCCUCAUCAUCAUGGCUUUGAAUCACAGGCCCUACACCAGCACAGCAGCGGCAGGCAUGGCGGCAAGCGUGGAGCAGCGUGAGGGCACCAUUCAGGUGCAGGGCCAGGGUCUCUUCUUCCGAGAGGCCCGGCCUGGCAGCGGGCAGGCUCGCUUCUCUGUACUGCUGCUGCAUGGUAUCCGCUUCUCCUCCGAGACCUGGCAGAACCUGGGUACACUGCGCAGGCUGGCCCAGGCUGGCUACCAGGCUGUGGCCAUUGACCUCCCAGGUCUGGGGCACUCCAAGGAAGCAGCAGCCCCUGCCCCUAUUGGGGAGCUGGCUCCUGGGAGCUUCUUGGCAGCUGUGGUGGAUGCCUUGGAGCUGGGCUCCCCAGUUGUGAUCAGUCCAUCACUGAGUGGCAUGUACUCCCUGCCCUUCCUGACGGCCCCUGGCUCCCAGCUCCGGGGCUAUGUGCCAGUGGCCCCCAUCUGCACUGACAAAAUCAAUGCUGCCAACUAUGCCAGUGUGAAGACUCCGGCUCUGAUUGUAUAUGGAGACCAGGACCCCAUGGGUCAGACCAGCUUUGAGCACCUGAAGCACCUGCCCAACCACCAAGUGCUGAUCAUGAAGGGGGCGGGGCACCCCUGUUACCUGGACAAACCGGAGGAGUGGCAUACGGGGCUGCUAGACUUCCUGCAGGGGCUGGAGUGAAGCACAGCACUGCUGCAGGGGGUGGGCUGCUUGCCUGCUCUGAUCUCUCUCUUCUCUCUCUCUCUCUCUCUCUCUCUUUCACACACACACACCACACGCCCUCUCUUCUCUCAUGGGCUCUGGCCCAUGCACAUGCAACAGGUGCGUCUGUCUAUAUGUCUGGGUUCUUGUCUUUUGUAGUCUGUUUGUCUUUUCUGUUUCUUUCUUUUGCAGUAAUAGAUUGAGGAGGUAAAAUCAAGAGAAAGAAACCUCAGGAAUCAAGGAACAUAAGCCGGUGGAGGGUAAUCCUUUAGAUAUGCUUCUCCUAUUCUUCCACUUUCCUGCCUGGCUUUUACUCCUUCCUCUGCCCUUCCCAGCCUUCCCCUGCCACCCUUCCUCCUUCUGCAAAUGCCCUGCAGGCCAGCCCUUCCCCCAACACCCACUUCCCCACAUACAUACAUGCCCACAUGCACGCUUACGUGUUUAGAGCCAUCCAUGUUCCCCAAUAUGACCCUUCGCUUGAGAGCAACUGCAUAGGUACAUGUAACUCUGGACCAGCAUGCACCUUCUCAUGUGCAGCUGUGCAUAUACACACAUGCAUACUUGAGGGGGUGUUUCCGUAGUGUAGUGGUUAUCACGUUCGCCUAACACAUGCAUACUUGAGCCUCCAAAGAAGCACUUGCACACAUGAGCACUUCUAACCAUGGCUGGGGAGGUGGGGACCCCAUGGGUCAGCCCUUGCAGGAGACCCUUUUGCAAGGCUUAGGGUGUGGCCAGCCCUGAAAGCUACUCAGCCACAGGUUUCAGCUGGCCCCAGGCCAGAAGUGGCCCCCAGAAAGGGAGGGCCACCGCUCUGUCCCCUUGCUUUUACCCUUCCUUCUGGGUGCUCUGCAUCUCCCCAAGCUACCAAGCCUGAGGCUUCUCAGCGAAGCUUGAUUCCUGCUCUGAGGCUUGAGGGGUGGGAGCCAGAGUGGAGGUCGGUGAAAUAAAGUGAUGCAAUUAGA